UCCGAACUCUCGUGUGCAUCAUCACCCGGCUCUUCGUCCUCCCCGUUGCCAGGAUCCUCGCCAGCUCAUAAACUUUUCACAUAUCUAACUACAAACCUCUCCUUGUCUGCUUUGGGUCCCGAACCUUCACCUAAACCUAACAACUAGAAGCUGGCAUUGUAGCAAUCUGUCAUUCAAAGUGUCCGUGUCCUUAACUAUGCUUUAUUUUAAGCCUAAUUAUUAUUUAGUUAAUUAACCGUUUACCGUUGACGUGUUCAGAUUAUUAGCUCCAUCAAUCACUGUUUCCCCACCAACUCUUAAACAUUUAAAAAAACAAUAAUUUGGGCAUUUGAACAUUGGUCUCCAAAGGAGGCUCCGACAAUUUUCGCUUUUAUGCUUUUUCUCCCCAUAUCUAAUCUCAAAUAAUUAAUACUGACCCACAAUGGGUCCUCCUUCAGCGUGGGAACCGGCCGUGCUAGAGACUGCGGCCGACCAACAUCCCUCAGACACUGGGAUAAACUGCCAAGAGGUCUUUGGCUGGGGUAAUGGCGGCCUCAAGCUUCGGUGGGCAGUGGUAGCAGACCCACGCCAAUGUCCGGGGUGGCAGACCCUUCAGAUGUGGUCAUUAACUACUUACAGGCACGGUGUCAUGUAGACUGUUGGCUCGUCAGUGACUGUAGAAUGAAGCCUGACUGAGGGCGCUCACACAGGUCGGUGUCGACUAAGGCUGUCUCAAGCAAGGAAACCCUAACUGUUCAAAGAGGGAGUGGGGGGGCACAACUUGUGUCUUCAAAGAGUUUAACCAAACAGUAAAUGCACACACGCACACACAACUUGAAUCUUGUUGUGUUAGAUGUUUCAUUAUUUGGCAUAGUUGUUUACAGAGUUCAUCCUUUGGAGAGUUCGAUGAGAUCCAUGGAGGAUGAAGUAGUCUGAUAAAAAACCUCCCACCGACUCUCACAGAUCACUUUGCAGUCCGUGUGUUUGCCGGAUCACACCAGAGCAUAUCAAGGUCAGAUACUGAAGACUGAGAGACAAUCUAGUGCUGUUUAUGUCAGAUAUUUGUUAUUACCUCACUGCAUACAUUAUCAAUGGAUUAUAGAUCUAAUGUGACUUAUAUAACUUUUGGUGGGCAUGUGGAAGUGCAUAAAUAUAGAUAUCUUUAUUUUGUGCUCAUGUUUACGGUGUAUAUUUUAGUAAUUAACAGUAACUUCACGAUUAUUGGCAUCAUAAUGUUUCACAAAAACCUGCAUGAGCCAAUGUACAUUUUCAUUGCAGCUUUGUUAAUCAACUCUGUUCUUUUCAGCACUGCUAUCUACCCAAAGCUUUUGAUUGACUUCUUAUCAGAAAAACAGAUCAUAUCUUAUCCAGCAUGUCUCUUCCAGUGGUUUUUAUAUUACUGGUUAGCCGUUUCAGAUUUCUUUCUCUUGUCGGUUAUGGCCUAUGACAGAUAUGUGUCUAUAUGUAACCCUCUGCAAUAUCCAACCAUCAUGCAAGAAAAAAAAGUUAACAUUUUCCUAAUUUCAGCUUGGAUUCUGCCUGCUUGUCAGACUUCAGGAGCAAUGUUACUAAGUGCUAAAAAAGAAAUCUGUACAUUUCAUUUGAAAGGAAUACUUUGCAACAGCACAGUUCAAACACUUCACUGUGUGAGAUCAACAAUAUUAAAUAUAUACGGUUUGUUUCUUCUUGUUACUUUUUUAUUCCUCCCCGUGCUCUUUAUACUAUUCACAUACAGCAGGAUACUUGUUGUAUCAUAUCGAUGUAGAGGAGUUAGGGGAAGAGCUGCACAGACCUGUUUACCCCAUCUGCUGGUUCUAAUCAACUUUUCCUGUUUAACUACAUAUGAUAUACUUCUUCCUCGAAUGGAACUCGAUUCUCCAAAAAUUGUACGAUUAAUAAUGACUUUACAAGUUUUAAUAUAUCACCCUCUUUUUAAUCCAAUCAUUUAUGGACUAAAGAUGAGGAGAAUUUAUGAUCACCUUAAGAAGCUCUUCUGCAGAAUGGUGUAGUGGUGUGUGUCUAGGUGUGCUGGGAAGCACAAGGUCGGUGGUUCGAGUCCAGGCUGCCCCAUGUUCCAUGUCGAAGUGUCCCUGAG